AUUGCUCUGCACAGCCACAGAAGGGAAACUUGAGCUUCUUGUUAAUGUGGUGUGAACAAGGAUAGAGAAGGAGGAGGUCUGCAGAGGGACACAGGAGGAAAGUAAAGAUAUUCCAGUCUCCCAAACGCAAGGCAAAGAGGAGGACUUUUACCCUGAGCAAAAACCAAGACACACACAGAAGAGAGAGAGAGAGAGAGCAUCUCUCUUUCUGGUAUUUUUGAAUCACACUGCCAUAUACAAAGGCUGCUCUCCAUCCUUCUGUCCCCUGGUGCUUGCCAUCACACAGAACCACAAAGUUUAUCAGCAGGAGGAUAAAGAUGGGAUUACUGGACCUCAUCAGAUGAUGGGAAACAACUGGAAGAGGGAUUUUACUAGAGAUCAUUGACCUGGAUUCCAAACAAGGAAAGUAUGCCGCAAACGCCAAUAUUUCCCAGCAUGCUCGGCUCCACCUGUAGUGGGCAGGUGCAGCCAGAAAUGGGGGAGCAGUGUGGGGAUCCGGUUUAUCAAGAUGGCAACCUGGUGUCUGGGUCCUUGGAAGCUUUAAUAGAACGUCUUGUGCCCACAGUGGAUUACUAUCCAGAUAGAACCUACAUCUUUACUUUUUUGCUGAGCUCCCGCGUCUUCAUCCAUCCCCAUGAAAUCCUCGCUAAAGUGGGACAUAUCUGUAUCAAACAGAAGCAGCAGCUCGAAGCAGGAGCAGAGGCUGAUAAGGCCAAACUCAAGUAUUUUGCUGCAAAAAUUAUCCAGUUGCUAAGGGAGUGGACGGAAACUUUCCCCUUUGACUUCCAAGAUGAAAGGGCCAGAAAAGAGUUGAAGGAGAUUGCACAGAGGAUUACCCAAUGUGAUGAGGAGAAUGGUACCAUCAAGAAGAGCAUUAGUCAGAUGACUCAGAAUGUGUUGCUCGCCCUAUCCACACGUGGUCAGUAUCAGGAAAUUCGAGAAAAGAUUCGUCAGCCUGUGGCCGAUAAAGGAACUAUCCUGAAAACAAAACCCCAGCCAUCCCAGAAGGACAUACUAAGUGUGUGUGCAGAUCCACUAGUCCUAGCCCAACAGCUCACUUCUAUUGAACUGGAACGACUAGGAAACAUUUAUCCUGAAGAUCUAAUGCAGGUCAUUAGUCACAUGGACUGCUUGGACAACCACAAGUGCCGUAGUGAUGUCACCAAGACCUAUAACCUAGAAGCGUAUGACAACUGGUUUAACUGCCUCAGUAUGCUGGUGGCUACAGAGAUCUGCAGGGUGGUGAAAAAAAAACAGAGGACCAGAGUGAUGGAAUUCUUCAUUGAUGUGGCUAGAGAAUGCUUCAACAUUGGCAAUUUCAACUCCAUGAUGGCCAUCAUAUCUGGGAUGAACCUCAGUCCUGUCGCUAGGCUAAAGAAAACAUGGUCCAAAGUAAAAACAGCCAAGUUUGAUGUUUUGGAGCAUCACAUGGACCCAUCAAGCAACUUCUGUAAUUAUCGUACAGCUCUGCAGGGGGCAACACAGAGAUCCCAAAGUGCCAAUAGCAGUCGCGAGAAAAUAGUCAUUCCUGUUUUCAACAUAUUUAUCAAAGAUAUUUUCUUCUUGCACAAGAUCCACUCAAACUGUUUACCUAAUGGACACAUCAACUUCAAGAAAUUCUGGGAGAUCUCAAGGCAAAUUCAUGACUUUUUAACGUGGAAGGAAGUGGAAUGUCCGUUCGAAAAAGACAAGAAAAUCCAAACAUAUCUUCUGACUACUCCAAUUUACAGUGAAGAAGCACUCUUUGUCGCUUCCUUUGAAAAUGAAGGUCCAGACAAUCACAUGGAGAAAGACAGCUGGAAAUCCCUCAGGUCAACGCUUUUAAACAGGGCCUGAGAGACUUUGCAAGAAGUCCGAAGCACAGAAGAAUGUUGUUUGUUUGUUGUUUUUUUUUGUUAUUUAAUUAUAUUGAUUCAUGUUGAACGUUAUGGUCAGGAAGACUGUCCUCACUGGUUGGGGGGGUCUACUGUUUUUUUUGUAUAUAAACUUUUACGAGACUAAAGAAUAAUGGUAUAUAAAUAUGAUAUAAAUAUAUAUUUCAUGCUUUACGCACUUAUAUAAAAGAAAAAAAAGAAAGGGAAUUAUGUUUUUUUAUGGUUUUACGGAAACUAUUACUUAACCCUACGCUGCUGGUGUGGCUUAGACACAAUGCAGAGGUUUGUACCUGUAAAGUGCAGAGAAAAUGCAUUGCAUAAGCCAUAAGGUCACGAAAGGGUUAAACCCCCUUAAUAUAUUGUUACAAGGGCAGGGCCCUCGUUUACUCAAAUUUGGGGGGCUUUAUACAUUUUUGGGGCUUUCAUAGGCACUUAUACUGUAUCCCUUUAAACCAUUUGCUGCUGCAUAAAUGUAGAAAUUCUAUCCAUACUGCAAUUCUUACACAGCAGUCAAUUAUGUUUUAUUUGUUUUGCACAUGUGCCAGAAAAAAAGAAGAGGGGGAAAAAAAUAAAUAAAACAGAUUGUUGGAAAUACACACAUAUUUUACUUACAUUAAUAUGUGCCGCUUGUAGUUUUUUUUUCCCCCCCCCCCUUUUUUUUUUUCCCUCCAAAGUUUAAAAAAAAAAAUCUAGCUGCCUUUCUAACACUGGAACACAGAUUCUAGCCUGGAACAAAAGGGAUGGGGGGGUAUUCAAUAUGUGUUUACUAAUGAGUUCGGUGAGGGUGCCUUUAAUAUUUCUGCAAAACAUUAACUUGAUCAUUCUUUCAUUGUUUCAAUGUUCUAUGGUAGAGUUAGGGCUCAUAAGAUGGACACAUUUGCGUGUGUGGAGUGACAUUAGUAUCUGCCACUAGCUGCUUUUCUAGGACUUGUAGCUGUAUCUUGUCAUACAGUGUGAUUCGUACCACAAUGACUGACCGCAUGCAGUCACUCACUGGACUUAGCAGAGGCUUGAAAUCAUUCUUCUAUUGCCAUUUUGUUUAGAAAA